CCCCCCCCCAAAAGAAAAGCUCCGCCCUCUCCGCUGGCUUACUACGCAAGCCAUCUGCCUGGGCACGACUCGUCCUAAUUGCCUCGCUCCGCUGCCUCUCUCGCUGCCUCUAGCAUCCAACCCUCCUCAACUCCCAACAAAAGUCGUCAGCACGCUUGCACAAGUUCGGCUCGCAAUGACGGUGCCAAAGGAUCUCAAGACGGCCGUGCCGCUGCCCAAAAUUUACGUCCCAGGUCCGCGAACCGUGGAAGCGCCUGGCUUCCCUGAUGUCGAGGGCGAGACAAAACCGCGUCGCAACAUACGGACGGCCGAUGCUCUGGUCACCUCUCCCGACCCGUCUGCCAUCAAGACAAUUCCGGACAUUCUCAAGUACUCGUCGGCCAAAUUUGGAAAUGCAAAGGCGCUAGGCUCGCGCAAGCUGAUCAAGACGCACAACGAGGUCAAAAAGAUCAAGAAGAUGGUCGACGGCGUUGAGACCGAGGUAGAAAAGAAGUGGACGUAUUUCGAGCUCGGCGAGUACAAGUACCAGACCUUUGCCGAGUUCGAGAAGUCAUGCCUGGAGCUGGGCUGCGGGCUAAGGAAGCUGGGUAUGAACCCGGGCGACAAGCUGCACAUGUUUGCGGCGACGCACCCAUACUGGCUAGGAAUGGCGCACGGUGCCAUGUCGCAGUCAAUGGCCAUCGUAACUGCGUACGACACCCUAGGCGAGGAUGGUCUUACCCACUCGAUGAAGCAGACGUCUGCUAGGGCUAUAUAUCUCGACCCCCAUCUGCUCACAAAAGUAAUCAACCCAUUCAAAGAGGUUGAUAGCUUCGACUUCGUCAUCUACAACUCAGACAGCGAGGUCAAGGAAGCCGACAUUAAGAAGCUCCAGGACGCACAUCCCAAGCUAAAGAUCUUGAGCUUCGAGGAACUGCGAAAGCUCGGCGAAGAAAACAAGAUCGACCCGGUCUUCCCGGAUCCGGAUGAUCUGUGCUGUGUCAUGUACACAUCCGGUUCGACCGGAGCGCCCAAAGGCGUGAUGCUGAAGCACAAGAACGUUGUCGCAGCCAUCGGUGGCAUCGGCACAAUCGUCGGGCCGUAUCUCGGUCCCGGUGACGGCCUGCUUACCUACCUUCCCCUUGCGCACAUUCUCGAAUUUGUCUUCGAGAACGCCGUACUUUUCUGGGGAGGCACCAUGGGCUACGGGAAUCCUCGCACAUUGUCUGACUCGUCAGUCCGAAACUGCAAGGGCGACAUCCGCGAAUUCAAGCCAACCAUAUUGGUUGGUGUGCCCGCAGUAUGGGAGUCUGUCAAGAAGGGCAUUAUGGCAAAGGUCAAUUCCGGGAGCGCACUCACAAGGAAUAUCUUCUGGGGUGCACUCAAGGCCAAGGAAUUCCUGGUUGCAACAGGUCUCCCUGGCAUCGGCAUCCUAGAUGCCAUUGUGUUCAACAAACUCAAGGAGGCGACCGGUGGUCGGCUGCGUAUCUGUUUCAAUGGUGGCGGGCCCAUCGCGAAAGAAACGCAGCACUUCAUCUCGUUCGCUAUCACACCCAUGAUCAGCGGCUACGGCCUCACUGAGACAGCUGCAUGCGGCGCCAUCAUGGAUCCGCUGAACUGGUCAACAGAUGCGCUGGGCGAGAUGCCCGGUUCCAUCGAGAUGAAGCUCGUUGACGUGCCGGAUCUGGGAUACCUGGCGAAGAACACGCCUCCCCAAGGUGAGAUCUGGAUUAGAGGCAACAGCGUGGCGAGCGGAUACCUCGAUCUGGAAAAAGAAACGAAGGAGAGCUUUACGGACGAUGGAUGGUUCAAGACAGGUGACAUUGGCGAGUUCAACGAGCGAGGCGAGAUCCAGAUCAUAGAUCGCAAGAAGAAUCUGGUAAAGACGCUCAACGGCGAGUACAUUGCCAUCGAGAAGCUUGAGUCCCGGUACAGGGCUUCGCCUCUGGUCAACAACAUCUGCGUGUACGCAGAUCCUAACAAGGCCAAGCCGGUUGCAAUCAUCGUGCCUGUUGAGAAGCCGCUACUCGACCUCGCAUCGCAACUUGGUAUCAAGGGCGAUCACAUCGAAGAACUUAUUCACAACGACAAGUUGAACAGUGCUGUGCUGAAACAGGUUCAGGACGCAGGCAAGAAGUCAGGUCUGAGUGGUAUCGAGAUCAUCAGUGGCGUCGUGCUCGCGGAGGAGGAGUGGACGCCGCAGAAUGGCUUGACAACGUCGGCUCAGAAGCUUAACAGAAAGGAGAUUUUGAACAAGUACAGGAAAGAAGUCGAUGCAGCGUAUAAGAAAGCCGGUGAAUAGAGGAGAAGACGAAGAGCGAACGGCAGGAAAGGUCAAACAUUGAUUCACAUGUUUCGUAUGUGGAGACUCCAGCGGCGUGAUAGGAGUUCAUUGUUCGUCUCAUAUUUGCUGCCAUUUUCGGUAUGAAGGGAGUCAAAAACUAGGUUGCUUUAUCACUUGAGCUUUGGGUCACAGCUGCCAUUUCGUUUGCCUCUCUUCACACAGAAGGCAGGAGCGUUCUUGUAUAUCUAGUGAUAUCACGAUUUUAAGCAAAAACACACUGCAUUCCUUUUUGGA